GGCUUGUACUGCUUGGUCCUAACAAGCUUCAUGGUCGGUCAUGGAACUGCUGCAGUUCACAUGUCUGCUUUUACUUAUCAGCUUGAAAUGUUUGACAGGUUUUGGCCAGCAGUGUGGGGGUAACCAGUGGCAGUGUGAUGAUGGAGCUUGUCUGCCUCUUUCCUGGCACUGUGAUGGAAAUGGAGACUGUAUGGACGGCUCUGAUGAAAUGGCCUGCCCCUGUCCUAGGGGCCAGGUUGCCUGCAUGGCCGGGCCUCCUGGUUGUGUAAGUACCUCUGCAGUAUGUGAUGGGCAGCGCCAGUGUUCUGAUGGAUCUGAUGAGUUUAACUGCCCAGAGAACCAGGGCUGUCUGCAGGGGGACUGGAGGUGUAGGAAUAAGAUCUGCAUCCCCAAGGACCAAUACUGUAAUGGUGCUAACGACUGUGUGGACAACUCUGAUGAGGCCUGUGGCCAGUGUGGGCCAAUGGCUGUGCGUUGUCCUGGAGGGGCGUGUCUGACUGAAGAUGAGAGAUGUGAUGGAAAAUUGCACUGCUCUGAUGGCAGUGAUGAACCCUCUACCUGUGGGAGGACCUGUUCAGAAGAGAACGGUGGCUGCAGUCACUCCUGUGUGGAUCAGCCCUGGGGAGCCCUCUGCUCCUGUCCUAAAGGCCAUAGGCUGUCUGCUAACGGAGCCUCCUGUCUGGAUGUGGAUGAAUGCGCUCUGCCUUAUGGUCCAUGCAUGCACUUCUGUGUCAACACACCCGGGUCCUUCUACUGCCACUGCCGAGAUGGCUUCCAGCUUCAAGGAACCACCUACUGCUAUGCUAAAGGAAAUUAUACAAAGUUUCUGACUGCAAAGAAGGGAACUAUCGGAUUUCUGAAUCUGAAGACUCUGAGAUUCGAGUCCAUUCAGAGUAUUGGCUAUGAUCCUCUGGCCCUGGCCUUUGACCUCUCCAGGAGCUCAUUCUACUGGGCUGAUAACCAGGGGAACAUCUACAAGGCUAAGGAGCAGCAGCGCAGGAUCCUUUAUCAUGGACAAUAUGGGGUUAGAAGUCUAGUCUGUGAUUGGCUGACAGGCCAGCUGUACUGGACCAACCAGAAGACCCGAUCUAUUCAUGUUGGGGCAGCUGAUGGGAGCGGAUUUGCAACUGUCUUGGCCAAGAACAUAGACCCGUUGGAGCUGGUCCUUCUUCCCAUUGAAAGCUUGUUGUUUUGGAUCAACAAAGGUCCAGGUGAUAAAAUUACUCUGGAGAGAUCUGGGAUGGAUGGGAUAAAGCAGGAAUCUCUGGUGGUCCUCACUGCACAGGCUCCACGGAGUCUGACCCUGGAUGUUACAGCUAGGAGGCUGUACUGGAUGAGUGAUUUUAAAAAGUCCAUAGAGACUGUGCGAGUGGAUGGGAGUGGUCGCUACAGCUUUCUGGAGUUCUUCAAGAGGAGACCAGCUCAGAGCCUGGCGGUGUUUGAGAGGUGGUUCUACUGGACAGAUCAGAAGGGUCUGUGGCGCUCCCCUCAGGACCGACCUAAUCAGAAGACCUUUAUUCAGAGGACAACACUCCCUGUCCUAGAGGCAUACCAUGAACAACAGCAGCCAAAAGCUCCAUCAGCCUGUGUAAAGUCUGGCUGCCAGCUCUGCAUGCUGACUCUGGACCCGCCUGCUGGGUUCACCUGUACCUGUCCUGAUGACAAACUGCUCAUGGCAGAUGGCUCAUGUGAAUAUCCCAGGUUUGCUUAUGCAACAUCCACAACACUGAACUUGUUUGAGUUGAAAGGGAAGGAGCUGAUCAAGACAAAACUGCUGACUACGGAUGACGUCAUGGAGUCUUUUGACAUCGACUGGAGGGGGGACUGGGUCUACUGGGCGAACAGCACUGGUCAUGUGAUGCGCUGGAGCCUCAAUACCGGCCAAACAGAGACUGUCCCUACGCUGAGACCAGCCUGCGUGGUGUUAGUAGACCAGAAGAUGAGAAAUCUGUACUGGCUGUCAUGUGAUGAAGCCUGUGUUGGCGUCACUAACAUGGAUCAGGGUUACCCACGGAGACUGUACCAGUCAGGCAGUGAGGUAAGAGAUGUUUAUCUGGACUGGCAGCGGCGGAGGCUGUACUUGCUGGAGGCUGGCUGGAUCCUAUCCAUGAGACUGCCAGGAGGAAACCCUAGGAAAGUCCUGAGAGUGGAGGGACAUGUCGCUGGGCGCAUUGUUUUGGACCUACAAUCUAACACACUGCUCUGGAACACAGAGGGGGACGAUCUGAAGAUCAUGAGUCUGUUGAAGUCCCAGACUCACCUGGUAGGCAGAGAGUGGAAUGUCCCUGGUUCCAUCGUGGCCGCUCAUUCUCCACUCCUGGUGUCGCUGUUUAAUGAUGUCAUCACUGUGUGGGACCGGCGGGACAGGAGGCGUGUCCACGAUGUCCCUGUCGGACCAGGCGUUGUCAGGGUGAUCGUGGCUCUGGAUGUAAAGGAAGUGCCUCCUGCUCAGCCAGUCUGUACCAGUCCAUCAGUGAGGUGUCGGGGCUCAACUUUGUGCAUCUCCCAAACUCAGCUGUGUGACACAUUGAGAGACUGCCCUGAUGGUUUCGAUGAGGAGUCCUGCAUUACUAAAUGUCCAAACCGAGGUGAGUUCCGGUGUAAGGACAGGAGGAAAUGUAUUAAGAGGAGUCUGGUUUGUGAUGGACGCGCUCAUUGCCAUGAUGGCUCAGAUGAGAUUGGCUGUCCAACGAUCGCUGCUCCAACAUCCCAAACUGCCCCCCUGAAGUGCCGUAUGGGUUCUAGACUGUGCAAGGAUGGUAGAGAGUGUGUCCUGCACAGCCAUGUUUGUGAUGGAGAGGUGGACUGUAAGGAUGGAUCAGAUGAACAGGACUGUGGAGAAUCUCCAGUUCCACUUACUACAGCUUAUUUGGCUCCAACUACAACCGCUCCAGAUAUUCUUCCUGCUCAGCCAGUCUGUACCAGUCCAUCAGUGAGGUGUCGGGGCUCAACUUUGUGCAUCUCCCAAACUCAGCUGUGUGACACAUUGAGAGACUGCCCUGAUGGUUUCGAUGAGGAGUCCUGCAUUACUAAAUGUCCAAACCGAGGUGAGUUCCGGUGUAAGGACAGGAGGAAAUGUAUUAAGAGGAGUCUGGUUUGUGAUGGACGCGCUCAUUGCCAUGAUGGCUCAGAUGAGAUUGGCUGUCCAACGAUCGCUGCUCCAACAUCCCAAACUGCCCCCCUGAAGUGCCGUAUGGGUUCUAGACUGUGCAAGGAUGGUAGAGAGUGUGUCCUGCACAGCCAUGUUUGUGAUGGAGAGGUGGACUGUAAGGAUGGAUCAGAUGAACAGGACUGUGGAGAAUCUCCAGUUCCACUUACUACAGCUUAUUUGGCUCCAACUACAACCGCUCCAGAUAUUCUUCCUGCUCAGCCAGUCUGUACCAGUCCAUCAGUGAGGUGUCGGGGCUCAACUUUGUGCAUCUCCCAAACUCAGCUGUGUGACACAUUGAGAGACUGCCCUGAUGGUUUCGAUGAGGAGUCCUGCAUUACUAAAUGUCCAAACCGAGGUGAGUUCCGGUGUAAGGACAGGAGGAAAUGUAUUAAGAGGAGUCUGGUUUGUGAUGGACGCGCUCAUUGCCAUGAUGGCUCAGAUGAGAUUGGCUGUCCAACGAUCGCUGCUCCAACAUCCCAAACUGCCCCCCUGAAGUGCCGUAUGGGUUCUAGACUGUGCAAGGAUGGUAGAGAGUGUGUCCUGCACAGCCAUGUUUGUGAUGGAGAGGUGGACUGUAAGGAUGGAUCAGAUGAGCAGGACUGUGAGCUCCUCUGCAAAGCAGGUCAGUUCCAGUGUGCUCAUGGGAAGAAGUGUAUCGACCAGCAGCAGAUGUGUGAUGGAAAGGCACAGUGCCAGGACCGUUCUGAUGAAAUGGACUGCUUCAAGCCCACCAAGAGCUGCAGUCAUCGCUGUGACAACAAUAGCCGCUGUAUCCCAGAAACCUUUCUCUGUGAUGGAGAGAGAGACUGUGCGGACGGCUCUGAUGAGGAAGGCUGUGAUUCUAACAAGGCCCUUCCUCCUGUCCUGCCAACUCUGGCUCAGACCUGUCCCAGUCCAUCAGUGAGUGGCAAAGCUUUGUGGCCAGCAGCACAGUGUGUGUCUGAGGCUCUCCGUUGUGACGGCCAUGCUGACUGUGGAGACCAUUCUGACGAGGUGGGCUGUGCCAAACCCCCCCACUGUCCCCCGGAGCGCCGCUGCCCAAACAGCCAUGAAUGUCUUGUGGAGGAAUGGCUGUGUGAUGGGGAACAGGACUGCCAGGACGGUUCAGACGAGAUGAAUUGUAAGGUGUCUCCAGUGACGUGUGGGAAGUUCCAGUGGAGCUGUGUCUCUAAGACCCAGUGUAUCCCUGCAACCUGGAGGUGUGAUGGACAGAAGGACUGUGAGGACUACAGUGACGAGGCCGGAUGUGACAAGUUGAAGUGCUCCAACCAGCUUUACCAGUGUGGUAGUGGAGAGUGUGUGGACCAUUCCCUGCUGUGUGACCACAUCAUCAACUGUCCUGAUGGAUCUGACGAGGGGCACGGUUGUUCCACCAAUAACUGCUCCAGCCCUGGGACCCCCCAAUGUGACCAGCACUGUGUCAGCACCCCUUACGGACCGGUGAGUUCCGGUGUAAGGACAGGAGGAAAUGUAUUAAGAGGAGUCUGGUUUGUGAUGGACGCGCUCAUUGCCAUGAUGGCUCAGAUGAGAUUGGCUGUCCAACGAUCGCUGCUCCAACAUCCCAAACUGCCCCCCUGA